AUGAUUCGUGCCCGCGCAGGAAUGAUGAUUUUUUCAGCAGAAUUUUUUAUUCUCGUUUUGUUGUUGAGUCCUACCACGUCUGAAGAAUACUGUAAGCCUGGUGACCGUCGUAAUUUGUCACAAUCAUUUCGUUUACUUAUUUCUGGUAAGUUUUUCUGUUUGAAUUUUUGAAAAUUAGUACAUUUAUUAGAAUCGGAGCGAUCCUAUAUAUCUCGUUGGUUUUAUGUUUCCCCUUAAGAUUCGGUAAUUGUUGUUUCUAUUCUUAUGCAUGAUUAUUAGCCUGCCAUGCUGUAGUGCUACUGUGAGGAAACAUUAGAAAAUCGGUAGCGAUGUCUCAAUAGACACUUUGCGUAAUAUUGAAAAUCAAUAAAAAAUUGUUUCCAACGAAUUUAAACCCAAGCCUAAGAUAUGUGGUAAACAAUGCUUUCUCAUUUUACUAUACUUACAGGUGUUCUGGCAUUGAAGUACAACGUCUUAGAACAGUUGAUAAUCGACAGUUCCAUGACCUGUGCUCUCCGUUGUUUGGCAAAGAAAUUCUGCGUCGGAUUCAAUUUCAAGAGAAGGGCAAAGAAGAAACAAAUCAACUGUCAGUUAACUAUUUCACUUGAUAACAAGUUUUCUAAGGAUGGCAGCGAAGGUGACAGUGACUGGAACUUCUAUAAAGUUGUGGGACCCAGAAAGGUAAGGACUUACUUGUACUAUAGUGACGCAGUCAAGCCCGUCCUUUUUUUUCAAUUCACAAGUCACAACUUGAAGUAAAUACGUAUACCUUGUUACUAUUUUUCGAGUUCACCGAAGGGUAUUAUUGAACAAUGUCAAAGCACACUUUUCACACUUUGCAUCAGAAUGAAAUCUAUACGCGAGUAUACAAUCAUUCCUCUAGCUUAUCAUUCCAUUGCUUAUUACUACUAGCUCCACAGAAUGCGAUGCCACGGUAAGAGCAUGCAGGCGAUCGAACUAUACUGAUUACGCAAAUGUUUACUUAUGGGUUUUAUGUCUAACAUUUCGAAAACAUUUCCGCUAACCUUCUCAUUUACUAAAUAGUUGUAUUUGCCGAUUCAAAAAUAAUUGCAUUUGCCGAUUCAAAAAUUCGAAAUUUAAAAUCUGCUUAGCUUUCUGGUUGAUGAGUCAAGGCGUUCUGAGCUAUUAUAAUUCAAUAUUAAGACAGCGACUGAAAAAAAUCUCGCCUGCAUGACUAAUAUAACGACUAACUUUCUGUUGCUGUCUUUUCCACUGUUCACCACAAUGAACGGUAUGGUAUAAUGAAGAACAAAAUUUUGCAUUGUCAAUGCGACAAAGGGGAAAAGCAAAUUUAAUUAAAGAAUAAAGGGCAUACAUAUACGCACAUAGCAAGAAAAAUAAUAGUGGCCAGAAAACCAUAAUAUUUACCGGCGAAUGUGAAAGCAGAAAAAAUUCCUUUUUAUUUCAUCUAAACUUAUAUGUAGGUUGCAUGCUUCAAUGCAUGCACUUCCUUGUUUUGCAUUUUCUUUUUCCCACACGCUAGCAAAACCCCACGGUUUGUAAUAUGAAUAACGUUUAAAAAAUAAUUAUUUCCAUUACAAUGAACGCCAAAGGCAUUACAGUCAUUUACCGCAUGGGGAGUGAAUUUAAAAAUCUUUAAGUGCUGCAUGAAGUAACAAAACAUCUGUUCUUGUAGCACUUGGUAACUGAUGCGUUAUUAAUUUAAAAAAACAAACGAUCUGAAGCUUUGUCAAACAAAAUGAAAAUUGUGCAACUUCUGCCUUCUAUACCAAAAAUCCUAUUGAGGGUUAAAGGCACUUUUACUAUACUGGAUAAGUUUCACUGAUAUUCUUAUAUUAUACAAUCAAGUUUCUUUCAAAAGUAAAAGCAAUUAAGUUUUUGCUUGUUUAUAUAAAAGUUUAAAGUUUUUUUAGUUUUCCUCCCAAAUUUGCAUUCCAACAUAAGUAUACCGGCUCGGUGUUGUCUUGUGGGAAAGGGCGCGUUUAUUUUAUUUUGUGUCUUGUGAGUCUGAACAUAGGCGUACGAGACAAGGGGACUGGGGAGGGAUUGCAAUCCCCCAGGCCCCAGGCAGUGUUUAGUAUAAUGUUUACUCAAAUAUUCAUGUUAUAUGCCAAGGGCGGCAUAAAAUGCGUGUUCGUUUUUACAGAGCACCUGCAAGGAAGAAAAUCCGUGCAAAAAUGGCGGAGACAAAAUUCCUCAAGUUAGUCACCCAGGAUAUAAAUGUCGAUGUACUUUGCGAUUUGCUGGAGAUCACUGCGAAAUCGAGAAAGGUUAGUGACUGCAGGUUAAUUGAUAAACAAGCCUGCAAUGCCAAUGGGAUAGUUCUAAAUUGUAAUCAGAUUGUCGGAAAUAUUCUACCUGGGACAUAAUUGCGAAACGAGACCAUUUUGUGGAAAUGAGAUGUCUAAAUUAACCCCCAAAAAAAAGCACAGCUUUAGAAAACUAUGGAAAUUCGGGCAAAUGCUUGGAAAAUCAAGAAAAUUCGAUUCGGGCACAUUUAUCAGAAAAUAUGUUAAAUUCAGGUUAUUUCAUUACAAUCCUGCAUAAAAAUUCGGGCAAACUUUCAACUGUCCCCACUCCCCUGGAGAGCAUCAGCCCCGUACGCCGAUGGUAUUGGGGAAACUAAAACACUCUAGCAAAAGCUCCUGUAAUUUACCCGACCGCCGCUGCUAACUUCUCGACGACGGCCUUCAUGCACUCGAACUUUACUUUUUUAUUUAGAGGAUAAAGGAUAUUAUAUACAGGUUUGUGGAUAUCUACCCUGGUUCCAGAGAUUGCUCACCGAGAUCCCGCUUGUACAUGUAAUACAAAUUCUAAUGAGUGUUUAUAUGAUCCCGCCACUUGUCCUACCUAGACGGGAUCUCGGCAACAGAUGCCGGGAUCCCGCCUAAGCGAGAAGAAAAAUUACCAUAUAAACACUUCGUCCCGGCUAGGCGGGAUGAACUUUUCCUAUGAGCAUGCGUAAAUGCCUUUUCUGCAUGACGUGAACUAAAUGGCUUCAUCCUGGCAAUGUAUUUUGUCCAAAAAACACGCUAUCUCCACCCCCCACCCCCUAAAUGGGAAACUCGCCUAGGAGGGAUGAAAACGUUGCGUCUCGCCCAAACAGGCCCAAGAGUGUCUGGUCAGACUCAAAUCUAUUGCCCUUCUCAUUGCCCUUCUCGUGUCUGGUCAGACUCAAAUCUUUUGCCCUUUUCCUCACCGUUCUUUAUGAGCUUCUGGAACCACGGUAGUGGAUAAAGUAAACAGCAAGUAAACGAGAUGUAUUUUCUUCACCUGAAGCCAGUUGUUCGAAAGCUGGUUAGUUUAAACUUAGGUUAACGAAACAUGAAGAUAGUUUUCCACAAUCCGAUGUCUGGUUCAAUAUAAGUUUUAUUUUCCAAAGUUUUGAAAUAAACAAAAGUACAAAUGUACGUACCCAAACCAAAACAGCGGGUUAAAUUUUAACCCAGGGUUAGCGCUAGUCCGCAACAUUGAAAAAUCGGCCCCUGGUAAGCAAGUGCUAGUUUGUUAUUGUAUAUGUUUCUUUCAAGAUUCGACAAUACUAUGGGAUGAACCCGAGAGCUACAAAACCCAACUGAACACCUGGAUGCCCGCUAUUACCCCCGCAACUUGGAAUGCUUGCUGGCGUACAAGCCGAGAUGGAUGGAAAGCCACGACAUUUCAUACAAAUUGUGACAACAAAGGAUCCACUUUGACGAUUAUUAAGGUUAUUAAGGAUGGAAAGAGUUACAUAUUCGGUGGAUAUACCGGGUUAUCUUGGGCUAUUCAAGGUAUAAUAAUGGAAACGUGCAUGGUCAUGUUUUUUUUCCUGUGA